UUUGAUUAAAGCCAUUACAGAUAUCGACUUGAAAAUACCCCCUGGAACUCAUUCGCCAGAAUCACAAUCACCAGCAAAUUGUGACCAACAUCUCAUCUCUUCACAAUGUUGAGCAACGCUAUGCGAAGACGGGCUCUGCCAUCCGCGGUGGCGGCCUCACGUCCAAUGCCUCUCGCCGCACGUACAACAGCUGCUUCCGGCGCCAGAUUUCUCAGCGACAAGCCCGGUCUGGCAUCCACGGACAUCAGGGACAUUGCAGACGCUAAGAAGACCAAGCCACCGCAGCCAAAGAUUUCCAACGCCAGCGUCAACGGAGAGAAGCUUACGGAGGAGCAACAGCGAGAGGUGGACGAGCACAACAAGGACUUUGAGAAGAAGCAUGACUCAGCACCAGCCGCUGAGGACGACAAAGUCGAUAAGAAGUUUUGGUCGAAUAAGUAAAGAUGGCGGCAGAUAAAGGAGCUGGGCCGAAGCUGUGUCGAACAGCCAUCUCUUUGCUGGAAGCAUGCUUUGUUCAACUUCAUUGCAGCAGUUGCCUAUGCUAUGGAAUAUCUUCAAUGUUUACACGAUGUUAUUUGUACUAGUAGUUCAGGUGACAUACUGGCGGAUGUGGGUCAUUUGUUGAUCGCACCGGGCAGAGCCACGAGGUGCACGUGAGUAUAUUCACCUCCCAUCGCUUGUCUAUACCUCGAAUACAGCACGGAAGGUACUUGAUUGUAUUAUUGCUCCUCCGCCCUCAACAAGUGACUGGGAAAUAAUGGC